UCCGAUUGGGCGGAUGGUGGACGUAUGUCAGACAUAUGCGCGCCGUGGGCGUGUGUUGGUGUGUUGGGAAAGAGGGGAAAAGCAGUGCGGCGCUUCACACUGUGAAUUCACAGAGACUGUUGAUGGGUAGGAGGCAUGUAAGUGGCGUUCGCUUCAGCUCUCCAAAGCUGUGAGCUUUGGCUGGGAGUGACGCGGCGCACUCUGCCUCUCCAAGGAGAAAAACACCUGUAUGGAUAAGCAUACCUCCGGCGUUUUCCAGUCGCCCUCCUCAGCCAAACACAAGGGCGGAGUCGCGAUUGUGGAGCGGGGUUAUGGAGAGGUGGAAAAGGACGUCAUGACGGUGGAAAACAUGCUGGAGGAGUCGGCCGUGCUCUCGCCACCUCACCUGUCUGUGGAUCGAUAUGAGCGCAGCCGCCAGGGAUGCUGUGAGAGGGUGGUUAUCAACAUCUCGGGUUUACGCUUCGAGACACAACUCAAAACUUUUAACCACUUUCCAAACACGUUGCUCGGGGACCCGAUGAAAAGGAUGCGCUAUUUUGACCCACUUAGGAACGAGUACUUCUUCGACAGAAACAGGCCCAGCUUUGAUGCCAUCCUGUACUACUACCAGUCAGGGGGGCGCAUUCGGAGACCAGUUAACGUCCCAAUUGAUAUAUUUUCAGAGGAGAUACGGUUUUACCAACUUGGGGAGGAAGCCAUGGAGAAAUUCCGUGAGGAUGAAGGGUUUAUAAAAGAUGAGGAGCGUGUACUCCCCAAAAAUGAUUUCCAAAAACAGGUAUGGCUAUUGUUUGAGUAUCCUGAAAGCUCUGGACCUGCAAGAGGAAUAGCCAUCGUUUCAGUGCUUGUGAUCCUGAUUUCAAUCGUUAUUUUCUGCAUGGAGACUCUGCCUGAAUUUCGGGAUGAAAAGGACAUAUCCACAGUUGCACCCACAUUUAAUGGCACUGCUCCAAAUGUGCCAAGCCCCUUUACAGACCCAUUCUUUGUGAUAGAAACAUUAUGUAUUAUAUGGUUCUCUUUUGAGUUGCUUGUCAGGUUUUUCGCGUGCCCUAGCAAAACUACGUUCUCCAAAAACAUUAUGAAUAUCAUUGACAUUGUCGCCAUAAUCCCUUACUUUAUCACUCUGGGAACAGAACUGGCCGAAAGGCAAACCAACAGCGGCCAGCAGGCGAUGUCCCUCGCAAUCCUGAGGGUGAUCAGACUGGUUAGAGUCUUUCGGAUUUUUAAGCUCUCACGACACUCUAAAGGACUCCAGAUUUUGGGACAGACGCUCAAGGCCAGCAUGAGGGAGCUGGGCUUGCUAAUCUUUUUUCUCUUUAUUGGAGUCAUUCUCUUCUCUAGUGCUGUUUACUUCGCAGAAGCGGACGACCCCACGUCCAGCUUCACCAGCAUCCCGGACGCGUUCUGGUGGGCAGUCGUCACAAUGACCACAGUCGGAUACGGGGACAUGCAUCCCGUUACCAUUGGUGGUAAAAUAGUGGGGUCUCUGUGCGCAAUAGCCGGCGUGUUGACUAUUGCCUUACCAGUGCCAGUGAUUGUGUCAAAUUUCAAUUACUUUUACCACCGGGAGAGGGACGGAGAGGAGAAUCAGCAGUACCUUAACACGGGCAGCUGUGAGCACCUCCCCUCUGAAGAACAGAGGAAGUCAUGCAGCUCCUCUUCUCUCAGCAGAUCAGAGUGCAUGGUUAUUGUAGAAGGUAUCAACAGUAUGUUCAAGCAGCCCAACUUCACUACAGAGAACAAUCAGAACUACGUGAACAUAAAAAAGAUCUUCACAGACGUGUAACAGACUCCCAUAACGGAUCAUCUAUGAAGCAUAAAGAAAUGUUAGGUAUAUUGCUGUGAUGUUUAUGCAUAGCCAAUCGUGGUGUGUCAGUCCGUAUCUGUGGCUGAACGCUGUAGAUGUCCGUCUUAACAAGACCUUAAUAUCAUAUUAAGCCUAAGAGAGCCAACUGACUGUACAGUCUCUUUAUAAGCUGCUGGCAAAAUAAUAAGUGUAUUGUUAAAACAGAUAUAUAUUUUAGUGUAAAACGCCACACAAUGCCUACAUAUCUUGAUGUUAUAAUGCGAGUGUUGUCCGUGUAGGGAUACACGUGUAGCAUUUACUCAUGCCAGUCCAAAAAAAAAAAAACAACGUGUUGUGCUUCGUGGAAAGAACAGUUCCGUUGUCCAGUAAUGAUAUAUUAUGAUAAUUUAUGUAACCGAAUGCCUGUUUAAGUUAUUUCUGUUAUCAUAACCUAUCCGCGUUUUGGACUCUGCAGUGUUUUUCAGAUAAUGCAAAGCAGAGAGGCGGAGAAUGAAAAGGCUUAUCAUGAAUUAAAAGCUGUAUUUUUAUUCAGAAAUACUUAUAUGAGCUAUAUUGAAUAAAUACAGAAAUUAAGAGA